AUGCUUGAAAAAGAGGAUGAUGAUUGCGAGGAAGGUGAUGAAGGCGGAAUUCCAGAGAGCGAAGGAGUUAGGGAACGAGAGACAGGUCAGGAAACGGAAGGAGGAGAUGGGAAAGAAAUGAAGGGCGUCCAAGUUUCUGUUGGGGAGAAGGAAAUAUUAGAAAGAGCAGAAAGCGAGAAGGAAGGAGUUGAAGGGGGCUGUAGCAUGGUCGAAAGAGAGGAGGAAAAAAUAAUAUCAUAUGACAAAACUGGUGAGGAAGACAGUGAAGGAGGGAUAGGGGAUGGCAAUGCAAAGGAAGUUCACGAAGAAGAAAAGCGAGAGGCCGAAGGUGAAGAAACCGCAUGGUGCGAAGCGGUACACCAGGUGUCAGCCGAGGAAGCAGUGGCCGGUAGUGAUGUAGGAGCCGUUGGUGAGUACACCGACACUGAAAAACUCCUGAGAAAGUUACGGAGAACGUAG